AUGAGUCAGCGUUCCAGCACUUCUGAGUUCGGCGCCUUUGGCGACUGGAAGUCGGACGGCUUGGAGUCCGGGUCGGAGGCCUCGUCAGAGAACUCCUCCUCCAUCGUCUCCAACGCAGCAAGCGGCUACUCGCUCCUGACGGCGAGUCUGAGCCGGGGGCCGCGGAAACUGAGCAUGUUGCCCGCCUCCGACCUCGAGGAGGAGAUGCGGAACGAAAUCGAGCAAAGCAUCGGGACGGGGGAGUGCAACCUCUCUGCGCUGGGUCUGUCGUCUGUCCCCUCCGAUCUCCCGGUGGCCUCGCUGUGGAAGGUCAGCUUCGCCGAGAACAAGUUCACCACGCUUCCCGCCUCCCUCUUCCAAGAUGACGCCUUUGCGAAUCUGGUGGAGCUGGACCUGAACACGAACGAACUCGCCUCGCUGCCGUUGCCCCUGUUUUACCUUCCCAAACUGGAGGUACUCUCGCUGAACACGAACGCCCUCGUCUCGCUGCCGUUUGAGGGGGUGAAGGGAGCGGAGAGGGAUGCGCACGGCAUGCCCUUUCUGCCAGUCGUGCGCCGCGUCGGCAUGGAGUCGAACCGUCUUAGACGGCUGCCGAUGGAGUUUCUGGCGUGGUGUCCGUGCUUGGAGGAGCUGCUGCUGGCGAUGAAUGAGUCCAUGCUUGACAACCCUGUUCCGUACGAGAAGCUGACGCAGCUUCACCGUUCAAACUCAAAGCGUGUGUUGCUGAAAGUAGACAACCGACCGCGCUUUGUGAAGCAGAUGGAGAUGGAAAAGUGGCCGACGACGCUGCGGUGGCUGAAUGUGGAGCUGAACAAAAUUUACCCCGACAAGGUGCUCGAUUUUCUCUAUUUAGGGUCCCUCCGCACGGCACAGACGGUCACCGUCUACCACGAUCUCGACAUAGGCUAUGUCCUCACUGCCGGGCGCAACUUAGAAGUCGUGGUGGAGCCGUGGAUGAAGCAGUUGGUCGUGGGCGUUGAUGACUACCCUGAGCAGGGGAUGAUCCCUAUUUUCGAAGAGUCCUUUCGCUUUAUCGACGAGGCACGGUCCAACAAGAAGGGGGUGCUGAUCCACUGCUUCGCUGGUAUGUCGCGCUCUGUCACCAUCGCUGUGGCGUACAUUAUGCAUCUGAAAGGCUUGACGUGCACUGAGGCCCUCUGGAUGGUGCGGCAGGCGCGGCCAGCCGCCAGACCAAAUGAAGGCUUUUUAGGUGAACUGAAACGGUAUGAAGGCAUUCUGAAAGAGGAAGGCAUCAUCAAAGAGUAG